CCUCCCUCAUCUACCCCCCCCCCGCGCUUCCACCCCGCACCCAUGCACACGCCCCCAUCGGUCUCUCCUGCUACCGGGGCGUUGACGGUGAGGGCAGCCGGGCAGGGGCCUGCGGAGGAUGGAGGAGAAGCCCUCCGCCAGCAUCAAGCCCUACCUGGACAAGCUCACCCUGGGGGUCACACGGAUACUGGAGACUUCUCCAGGGGUUACUGAGGUGGCAUUUGUGGAAAAGGAGCCAGCUGAACGCCACACAAUCAUUUCAUGGGAGCAAAAAAACUCCUGCAUGUUGCCAGAGGAUUUAAAGAACUUCUAUCUUAUGACUGAUGGCUUCCAGAUGACCUGGAGUGUGAAGACCGAUGAUACCCCAAUGCCCCUGGGCUCCAUGGUGAUUAAUAGUGUCUCGAAGCUAUGUCGACUUGGGGGUUCCUCUAUGUACACUCUGCCUAAUGCACCAACACUCGCUGACCUGGAAGAUGACACAGAUGAGGAAGGUAAUGGAGACAAACCAGAGAAGCCACACUUUGAUUCUCGUAGUCUUAUAUUUGAAUUAGACCCAUGCAACGGGAAUGGGAAAGUUUGUCUUGUUUAUAAGCACACUAAACCAGUUGUCUCCCCAGACACAGAGAUAUGGUUCCUGGACAGAGCUCUGUAUUGGCAUUUCCUCACCAAAACCUUCACAGCCUACUACCGCCUGCUCAUUACCCACCUGGGUCUCCCGCAGUGGCAGUACGCCUUCACCAGCUAUGGGGUCAGCCCCCAGGCCAAGCAAUGGUUUAACAUGUAUAAACCCAUAACCAUCAACACAGCUCUCCUCUCUGAAGAAGCUGAUUCCUUUGUGAACAAGCUGGACCCCAAUAAGGUAUUUAAAAGCAAGAACAAAACUCCAGUGAUCAAAAAGAAACCACCCUCCCAGCCAGCAGGCUCCCAAAAGAGUCACAUGAGCAUGACCUCCUCCAAGACAUCCUCACUAGCUGGGAAUUCUUCAAGGAAGAGAGACCCCCAGAUCUGACCCUGGACAGCAUUUGCAAUAAAGUUUUGAUGUUCUCUGAUGCAGAGUCUCAGUGGUUCAGACCAAGUUCCUUGUGCAUGAAUAGUUGUGCCCAUGGAAAACACAUUGCAGCAUUUGCAUGAAAUAUAGCCAUGAUGUACUCUGACAUGGGAGGGAUGUAGUUCCUGGAGUUUUCUGGAAAAACCUUGAGACAUUGAUUUUAUUCCCUUCUGCUACUUGCAGCAUGUACUUUUCAGAGGGCAUAAAGAAGCCUUUGAUGUCACUGCUCUAUAGGGAAGCUUUUGUUCCUAUGCAACUACAGCAGUGAAAUGAAAGCAAAUGUAAGUCACCAUUACUUUAAUAGUCCCAUGCUAAAAUACAGCAUAUGAAGAUAUUUCUGCCAUCUCCUUUGAAAGAAACCUGUCCUGACCUUGCAUGCUAUGGGAGCAGGCUGGAACCCACUGAACAAAGAAAUAUCUUCUGCUUCAGACAGAAUCAAACUCCACACUUCCCUGUGCUCCAUCCAGCUUCUGCUCUGGGAUUCAUGGUACAAAGGGACCAACCUGGGGCUUCCAUGUCUGUGCAUUGGCCUAGUCACUUCCUCUACAGCCCAGACUACUUUUUGGCCUUUGUGCCAUAUCUUUUCAGAUAUUUAUGUCUGUGUGAUGUCCUUCCUAGUUAGCCUGAAGACAGCCAGAAGCUGCAAGGUUCCUCACUGCCUCUGCUUUCUCCUCUUGUGGGAACUGCUGAGCCAGGGGGUCAGUGGUGUUAAAAGUCCCAUAAUCCAGGAGGACCCCUUGGUUUGUCACGCAUUCAUUUGCAAAGUUGACCAUUCAAACAGCCUUUGUCACUUUUCAAUUGGGCAGGAUCUGACCAGGGGCCACUGAGAUCCUCCAGCCUUAGAAGCCCCUGAUGCUGUUCUCUAUACUGUAAGUUUUCAGGUUAGAACUGCACUUUAACCCAUUCACUGCUGGUUUUCAGUUACAUCUGAUUGAUUCCAUUACUUUUCUAUGCCAUUCUGUCUCAGAUGUGCUGGAAACACAUGGUAGCAAACAACUCAUUUUGUGCCUAAGCAGGGAAAUCAAAGUCACCAUCUUCAAAUAAGCAUUGAUUAUUUAAACAGCAUCACCCUUUAUUUAUGAAACAGUCACAUAAUUACAUAAGACAAACCUACCUCACAGGGAUGUUGUGAGGAUUUCAUGAGUAUUUGUAUGGCCUUCAGAAAGAUGAAACCACCCCGUAAGUGCUUAAUAGUAUUUUAAUAAAGAGUUUAAUAUUUUCCUCCAGAA